AAAUUAGAUAAUAUAUAUACUUAAAAUAGAUUAUGGGUCGAAUCGCGAAAGCAAUCGGGCCGCCGUUUUUGUUUUAUCGGCGCCGGCGACUUGUUUUUCGUCGUAUUUUUUGUUUGAAUUCAACAAGAAGGGGAUCUGACGCUCUACUUUGGACGACGACGACGAAGCAUCCAUAGCGACGGAGAGGGAGCUAGGGCUACCUAUGGAGCGCCUUCCUCUAUUCUUAGAUCGAUUUAUUGUUUCUCUGUCUUUCCUCUCCCUUCUCACCACUGCGAUUGCAAGAGGCGGCGACCCAAGUCAGCAUCCUCUUCCAGGGGUUGCUGAUGCUGGAGACCGUAUCUUAACUCGGCAGCUCUUUGAAGAGAAAGAGCCAGUUAUAACAGAUGAAAUGGCUGGAGGGUACAUGAGCAACUCGGAGCUUGAGGAGGCUAUGAAGAAAUUCAGUAAAAGAUGUGCUAAUAUUUCCAGGAUGUACAGCAUUGGAAAGAGUGUUAAAGGUUUCCCAUUGUGGGUGAUGGAAAUCUCUGACAAAGCUGGAGAGGAAGAGCCUGAACCUGCAUUCAAGUUCAUUGGUAAUGUGCAUGGUGAUGAACCAGUUGGACGGGAGCUAUUGAUGCUUCUUGCUAACUGGUUAUGUGACAAUUACAUGAAGGAUCCCCUGGCAACAUUAAUCAUCAAAAAUAUUCACCUUCAUAUUCUUCCUACAAUGAACCCUGAUGGAUUUGCUCUCAGGAGACGUGGGAAUGCAAAUAAUGUGGAUUUGAAUAGGAAUUUUCCUGAUAAAUUUUUUCCUAUGAAUGAUAUCAUGCAAACUCGCCAACCAGAAACAAGAGCAAUCAUGACUUGGGUGAAAGAAGGGCAUUUCACUGCCUCUGCAAGUUUACAUGGGGGUGCACUUGUUGCAAAUUACCCAUGGGAUGGUUCUGAAUGGAUAAGGAAACAAUACAAUGCAUGCCCUGAUGAUAGAACUUUCCGCUAUAUGGCUCGUGUCUAUAGUAACUCUCACUAUAACAUGUCACUGAGUAAAGAAUUUGAAGGGGGCAUAACAAAUGGGGCACUCUGGUAUCCUAUAUAUGGUGGGAUGCAAGAUUGGAACUACAUUCAUGGGGGCUGUUUUGAAUUAACUUUGGAAAUUAGCGAUAAUAAAUGGCCUCCUGCGAAUGAGCUCCCUGUUCUCUGGGAAUAUAAUAGAAAAAGUAUGAUAAACCUUGUAGCGAGUGUGGUAAAGACUGGGAUUCAUGGAAGGGUAUUUUCAAAGGACGGUCAUCCUUUGCCUGCUUCAGUAAUGAUCAAGGGGAUUAAUUCCAUGGUGAAUGCCAGCAGUAUCCUUGGAGAUUACCAUCGGAUGUUGGCUCCUGGGGCUGGGAAAAGCUAUCAAGUUUCGGUAUCUCUGCCUGGUUUCCAGCAAAAGACUACACAAAUAUUGAUGCAAGAUUCAUCAGCCAGUUUGGAUUUCAUUCUUGAACCUGAAGAUUCAAGCAAAAUUAGACGUAUUCCUAGGAUAUUGGGUUGCAGGUGCGAUGGCACCGACAAACUAGAAUUGGUCCAGUAUCUGAGAGGUAUUCAGCUGGAGAUAUAUAUUGUGGUCUCCAUCUGCUUAUUUUUAUUCAUCUUGUUUAAGAGGAAAUGGUUCCUUAAGUUGGUGAACCAGAGACAUAUUGUCACCCCAAAACGAUCAAUUGUUUAAUUGCCUGGUGAACUAGUCAAGGUUUAUAUUAUUCUUCUACCA